AUGUUUAUGUGGAUCGUGUGCCUACUUAUUCUGCUACCAAUGGCUUCUGCCUGCACUGUGAGCUGGAGCAAGGAGGUGGCAGCAUCUUCUCAGGACUGGGCCAACACCUGUGCCAUGGCCCAUGGGCCACCCAGCAGCCGCAUGAUCAGAGGAUAUCAAAUGGGUGAGAACCUUUUCCAGAGCACUACACCGCUUACGUGGACUGACGUUGUGACGGCAUGGCACAGUGAAUACAAGAACUACAAAUACGGUUUUGGAUCAAUCAAUGGGAAAUCGAUAGGCCAUUAUACCCAGGUGGUGUGGUACAGCUCAUACAAGGUUGGCUGCGGUAUUGCCAAGUGUGGUGACCGCUAUUUCUACUCGUGCCGUUACUACCGAGCAGGGAAUUUCAAUGGUGUGGCUCCGUACACAGAGGGAGUGCCCUGCUCUGCCUGCCCACAAGCUUGUGAAGACAAACUCUGCACUAACCCAUGCCCUCACAUUGACACUGCCUGA